CCAGCGACCGCAGCGGACCGCAGAGCCAGCAGCGCGGCCCGGGAGCCACGCGAACUCGCGCCCCACGCGCCUGCCGCGGCGCGCGCCUUCCAGUGUCUUCGGGCGCAGCUUCCUCUCCACCCUCCCGCUAGCUGUUCGGGGCCGCGGCGGCCCGAGGAGCAGCAUGAAUCUGCGGCUGUGCGUGCAGGCGCUCCUGCUGCUCUGGCUCUCCUUGACCGCGGUGUGUGGAGGGCCCCUGGUGCAGCCUCCUGAUGGGAAAGACCUAGAAGAAGGCAAUAUUCGCUACUUGGUGCAGCUCAAGGGGUCCAGGAAAGGACCAGGGCCCUGGCAGGGAAGUCGCAGGAAGUUCCGUCGCCAGCGGCCACGCCUCUCGCAUAAGGGCCCCAUGCCUUUUUGAAGCAGGACUGAAGGCGCCCCCAAGGGCCUGCCCCCCCGCAGUCCACUCCACAAAUCAGCCUGCUUCUCUGGAGCCCUCACACCCAUUCAGCUAUUGUCUUGCACUUGUUCUAGCUGCUGAUGGUCCUGACCUUCGCACUUUCCAGCCGCCUGCAGUGGUGUGGUCCCAGCCCUCGUUCUGAUGAUUCCAGUUCUCUUGCAAGGAUCCGUGGAGGCCACCUUCCCGGCCCCUGCCUGGACUGACUUCGGAGACCCAGCCCUGGGCCUCCCCCUCUGCUCUCCGUGGCCCUCUGAGUGGCUCUAGUCCUACCUCACCCACCUCGGGGACCCAAUUCGCAUACUUAGCCCUUCCUUAAUCACCUCUGGCCUGGUGGCUGCCAGGAAAUGCUCCCUCAAGCAAUCAAUGGGAUUCCCAUAAUGACACCAGCCUCUGCACAGGAACACACAGAGGUGCAAUGAAGAGACUCCGAUCACAGGGGCUGAGUGUUGACACACAGACAACAGGGUGCACUGGGGACGCCACAUGGGGACUGGUGCUCUGGAGAUGGUGGUUGGCCUCCUUGGGGACCUUCCCUGACCCUUGGGGUGGUAGCUCAGGUAAGAAGAGGGGAAGAGGAAAGGCCACUGUCACUGCUCACACCUUGUUGUGUCUCCUAAUACUCACUUCUAAGUCUCUCCCCCAUCCCACCCUCCCAGCUAAAUUCAAGUUCU